ACUCCUUUUGAACAUCUCAAACAAAACUUACUGGCUAAUCAUCUAACAGCUCUUGCUUCAUCAAUGGAUUCUUCGUCAUUUUCCAAAGCCAUUGUCACCUUGGCCAUCCUAGUUAUGCUCUCCAUGGGGAGCUCCAAUGCUCAGCUUUCAAUAGAUUUCUACUCCAAAUCUUGCCCACAUCUCCUUGCAACAGUUAAACCUGUUGUUCAAUCUGCCAUAAACAAAGAAGCACGAAUGGGUGCAUCAAUUCUUCGUUUAUUCUUCCACGACUGUUUUGUUAAUGGAUGUGAUGGAUCACUUUUACUUGAUGACACGUCUUCUUUCACCGGAGAGAAAAAUGCAGCUCCAAACCAGAAUUCUGCGAGAGGAUUUGAGGUCAUUGACAACAUAAAGUCCGCAGUUGAGAAAGCAUGUCCUGGUGUGGUCUCAUGUGCUGAUAUACUGGCCAUUGCUGCUAGAGACUCCACUGUUAUUCUUGGAGGACCCGAAUGGGACGUUAAACUUGGAAGGAGAGAUGCAAGAACCGCGAGCCAGGCUGCUGCCAACAAUAGCAUUCCACGUCCAACUUCUAACUUGAACCAGCUCAUUUCUAGAUUCAAUGCUCUUGGCCUGUCCACCAGAGAUAUGGUGGCUUUAUCUGGUUCCCACACAAUUGGACAAGCAAGAUGCACAAACUUUAGGGCACGCAUAUAUAAUGAGACCACCAUAGACAGUUCCUUGGCUCAGACAAGAAGGUCAAACUGCCCACGUACUUCUGGCUCGGGGGACAACAACUUGGCACCACUUGAUUUGCAAACUCCUACACGUUUUGAGAACAACUAUUACAAGAACUUGAUUAACAGGAGGGGCUUGCUCCAUUCUGAUCAACAAUUGUUCAAUGGAGGAUCCACUGAUUCAAUAGUCCGUACCUAUAGCUCCAAUGAAAACACCUUCAGAUCAGAUUUUGUUGCUGGCAUGAUCAAGAUGGGAGAUAUCAGGCCCCUCACUGGAUCCAGAGGAGAGAUUAGAAACAAUUGCAGGAGGAUCAAUUAAAUUUAUACAUGGCGUCGCGACCAUUUUCUGAUUUCAGUUGAAAAUAAAGCUUUAUGUGAUCGAUUUCCCUAUCUCUUUUGAUUAGAGGUUGUGUGUGUGUUAGUUCUAAAGUUCUAUAGCUAUACCAUCUUGUAAGGAUCUAGCUUUGAUGCGGUCAGGUGGAUCAGAUUGCACUUUCAAAUUUGCUAUAAAAGUAGUUGACUUUUUGUUACAAA